CGUGCAAGCAACAACCAGAGCAGUCGACGACCCGGAUUCUUCGCUUCAGCAGCUAUACGAUGAUUUCACUGGUGCCGGUGGUCAUUCGACCUUUGAGCCAACCCGUCAGCUUUAUCAACUGUGCGCGAAGAUCCCUGCACACUGGUUACUUCAUCAAAGACGGCUGUAACGUUCUCAGGCAGCAGACGCGGGGGUAUGCGGCUCGCGCACAUGGAAGUGCUACAAUACUGCCUCGGAUAGUGCUUUGCGAUCACCUGGAAGUAUGGGCUGAAAAGAAGGCUUUGAACAUGUUCAACGGUAUCGCAGAGCUUGUUUGGUUGGACACAGACACUACUCGUGACGACUUCCUAUCCAGCAUGCGGCCCGGCGGACCUCUCGAACGGACAGCAGGCCUUUACCGGCGAAACAUUUCUACCUCCGCGAUCGGUCCAUUCGAUCGAGAGCUGAUCGGCUCUCUGCCGCGAAGCGUGAGGUGGAUUGCUAGCAAUGGCGACGGAUACGACCAGGUCGACGUCGCUGCCUGCAAGGAAAAGGGUGUAUUUUUGUCAAAUACGUCCGAUGAUAGUAUCCUGACAAAUCUGGUGGCGAUUUCCUUGACGUCCGAAUUUCACCGCUUGUGGAAAACCGAGCGGGACAUAUGCUCCAGCGGCUCUAACACCCCCGAGCUAAUCUCGUCCACGCAUGAUCUCCCGGCACGCACGUUCGCAAUUCUAUGCUCGAGAACCGUCGGCGUGCCCCUUGCACGUGCCAUGCAUGCGUUCCCGAUGCGUGUUCUCUAUCACAGCCCGAGAAAGGUGGUGAGCGCGCCAGAAUGGUUCGAAUACUAUGGAGCGGAGCGGUUAGAUGACAUGCUUGCCCAAGCGGACGUCUUGAGCGUGCAUGAGCCGUUCACGGAGCGCGCGGGGAGGCUCGUGGACGAGGCGAUGAUUCGGAAGUUGAAGAAGGGCGCGGUCCUCCUCAACACCGCGAAACGGAAGUUAGUCGAUGAAGAGGCGAUGACAAGAGCGUUGGAUGACGGACAUCUAUCCGCCGUCGGCCUUGACAUCUUAUGGCAUCAGCCACACGCCAAUUCGUGUUGGUUCUUCAAGCCUAAUGUGAUACAUAUUCCACUUUUAGCUGCCGCAGUGCACGAUACGAGGAAGGAAAUGGAGAUAAGGGCACUAACGAACUUAAGAGAUUUUCUGACAAAGGGGAUACGCAGGGAUCUUGUAUCUGAGUUUAACGGAUGCAUUGCAGAUGCUUAGAAAGGAUAUUGGUUUUAGUUCCGAGACCGGCCAAGGAUCGCCACUGUUGGAUGAUCAGUGAUAACAACGCCGAUGUCGGUGCUUGUGAAGAACAGCAUUAUGCUACCGAGAUGUUGAUUAUGUGAUGAUGACCGUCUAGAAAAUGGUGAUGUGGCCUCGGUGUUAGUCAGCCGUUGCCUUCCCGUCUCGUGGGCGCGAGGAGUGAGAGGCCGGUCAGGGCUACGAACGACUGGGAAGUACCAUGCUACAGUUGCGUAUUUAUACGAUUUUUUGCCGUCC